UAGUUUUGAUUAUUAUGGUCUGAUUUUUAAAGUUUCUGUCUGUAGUAGAUUUGCCGGGUGUGUUGUGUUGUUCACCGCCCCGUAUUCCUAUGUUUGGGACAUCUUUCCGUAGGAGUCUUGGUGUGAAAUGGAACCCCAAAUGCCACAGAGUUGGUAUCUCAGCCUUCUGUGCAGCUUGGGCCCAGGCAUAUGGCCUAGGUUUGAUUGGUCAGGUAUAUCCACAUGGACUUUGAAUCUGAAGCUCGCGAUGAUAAGAAGCAAGGGGAGCAGAGAAUCUCAGCAAUAUCCGGUUCCUAGAGGCUGAAUCCAGCACUCAGUUCCAGCGGAGGUCGUGUGAUGGAACUGCUACUUUUAUACGUUAUACUUUUGAACCUGUUUGAUUUUUCAUCAGGAAUAACAUAUAAUAAAGGUGAUAUAGAGAAGUACUUUACUUGUUCUAGCCAAGGACUCCCCCAAAAGAAUGAAAUAUUCAAGUUGUAUCUUUCCUUAGACGACUUGAAAAUCCAGUGUAUUUUCCAACCCCAAAGUGAGAUUUCUUCAAGGGAAUUUAUGAGUGCAUUCACAUCAGGAGGACUUGCUCCCAGCUUGGGAAUCAUAAAUAGUACAUAUACUGGCAUCUUCCACUUUAAUUUAACUUUGUUCAGAGAUCAGAUUUACUGGUUGAUUUGUAUUCCCAGAGAAAACAUUACGAAAAAUACAGAUACUGCAGCUGUAGAAGAAUGGUUAGUAAGGAUCACGUUACAACAUGGGUUAAAUAUUUAUACUUCUGAAGGAACAUUAUUGGAUCGUGCUCGAGAACCUAUUCUUCAGUGGAAACUUGGGACUAUAAUGACAAAAGAUGAUGUCAAAAAAUUAUAUCCACACGUGGUAGGUCUAAAAGUGACAAAAUGCCCCUGCGCCAACGACGUAGCAUUAAUUGGCUUCCUUUUGAAUUCGAAAAGUAACGGUAUUUACAUAGGCCUCAGCUUUUCUGGAUUUUGGAAUUAUAACAACAUCACGUGGUAUAACCUGACAGAUAUGAUCUAUUCUGAAGUUGGAGAAGAACACACAGAGCUUUCAGUGGUGGAUAUGGUCUUAACAAAUCAUUUCUUAGUUAUCCUCACCUCUUUGGGUCUUUUCAUAAGUGGAGAUCUUCGCUAUCCAUCAUCCUCUGUCCUCACGUUUUCAAGGGCAGACUUUUGUGGUUUCGAAAGGGUUGACUAUGUCAAAGGAAAAUUGUGGUACAAUGAAAGAUGUUUUGCUAACAGAGCACACUUUGAAGUCGACUAUGUUACUGUCACCUUUGAGAGAAACAGGACCUUAAGUGAGGAAAGCUCUUGUUUUUAUAGUAAAGAGCCAUUUCAUGAUUGGUUGCCUUGCUUACCUCACAUUUCAAAAGGGAUGAAAACUAUUUCUUCAGCUGUAAUAACAUUUCUCGUUGACCAAGAGCAUAGUUCUGGAGUCUUCCUCUUAAGGAACCAGAAAGAGAUCACUACCUCCGUACACAUCCUGAAAAAUAACAAACUAAGCUCGAGACCAAAAUUUCCACGCUUCACGUUUCCUUCAUCAUUCUAUUCUCCCGUUGGAAUGGUAUUCCACCCACGAAGCCAUUUUCUCUACGCUUAUGGUAAUCAGGUAUGGCUUUCAAUCGAUGGUGGCAACACUUUUGAAUUAUUAGCCGACUUUCACAAUGAUAUCAUAAAGAAUACUUACCAUAGUUUUUAUACUUCCGAUAUCACUCUUGUUUCCCAAAACGGAAAGGUUUACUUGACGAAGGCAGGAUUAGAAAGAUAUAGUGAAGUUGGAUCUAUUACUGAUAAAAUUUUCACGUUAUACUACGACCACAUGGGAUUCAUACAUAAACUGACUCCAGACCGUUUUGAAGAUAGUGGGUCAUUUACAUCCUUUGGAAAUUCUAAAGGUAUUUUUGGACAGGCUCCUAAUAUGGGCUUUGAGACUGCACUUGCUCCGCAGUAUAUCACCCUGGAUGAAAUGAUUUUUUAUGCAUAUGUACCUGAGAAUGAAAAUCAGAGAACUAUAUACACCAAGAAAUUCAACAACAUUCACUCUGGAAAAGUGAUACACUCCAGGAAAACUGGAACAGCUUACAUAAGAAAGAUAUUGCAACAUGACACUCCUAAGGGAUUUUUGUCCUCGGUUAUUGCAGAAGUAAUAGACCCUUUUGGAAUAGAAAAUGUGAAUGAGAGUCCUUGUUUGUCUAGUUCCCUUUCCAUUAAUCCAGAUGGAAAUUUCUAUAAACUUACUCUUCAACUGCAACGAGUUGUUUCCUCAUUUCAAGAUUCGGAUAUAGAGAAGACUGUGGUGAUUCCUGGUUAUAGCAGCUUCCUAAUCACAAGAAUUAUAGAUGAUCAAAAUGCGUUAGCUAUCGCUACGAUGCCUAUAAGAGCACCUGAGAAUAUGAUUUUUGUAAAAGACACUUGGUUCUUAUAUAACUUUGGGCAAAGGAAUGGACAAACAUGGUCUAUUUAUGAAAAGCCAUGUAAUUAUUGGUUUCAGCAACAUGAUGAUUUACGAUCCCUCAAUGUCCUGAAAUACGUUGAUCUGGGGAAAUCUCAGACUUUAAAAGUUGAGGUCAUACCUGAUACAAAAGGUGUUCGAACACUUGAAAUACCACUACUGAAGGUAAUUGUUGGAAACCCAACUUUGUUGGAGGUAAAAGCUAAAGGCUCUUUUGAUGAUACGUAUAGUUAUCUAAUGGAAGUUUCUGCAGCUAGCACAGCUUUCCAACAGGGUUCGACUUCACUGGCAUUUGUUGUCUGGGGAGCAUCGACUGACUGCUUUGUUACAACAUUCGUGCCAACAUUGAAAAGCAGCUGUAGUUAUCUCAAAUCUAUGCAUCAUAUUCCUAGUAAAUUUAUCCCACCGGAAGACUGGAUCAGCGGAGUUCACACAGACAGCCAGGGUUUUAAUAUGAUCAAAACUUUGCCGAAAUCUGGUAAAUUCAAACAGUGUGCUAAUGUGUCUACUCGAGAGGAGUGUAACUGCACAAAUGAUCAGAAGUUUUCUCAUGCUGUUGCUUUCUCAGAUUGCAGAGAAAAGGUUCCUCGUUUUAAGUUUCCAGUUACGCAGUAUCCAGUUUCUUUGGAAAUUCAUAGUGAGGAUGGACAGAUCCCAGUGGAAACCCCAUAUCUGGUUACUGUGACAGAAGUGAAUAGGAGGGAAAACUGGGAACUAAAACACACUGUACCCGAAAAUGUAAAAAAGUUGAAAAAUUACUUAGAAUCUAUUCUUCAUGCUCCGGUGUAUAAUCCUUCAGGCCUCAACUUAAGUAUAAAAGGCUCCGAGCUUUUCCACUUCAGAGUGUCCGUUGUUUCGGGAGUCAGUUUUUGUAACUUAGUCGAAGAAUUUCAGAUUUAUGUUGACGAAGUACCGCUGCCAUUCCCAGGACACACGCUUAUUGCCAUCGCAACCGCUGUAGUGCUAGGGGGAUUGAUUUUCAUCGUUUUUAUGUUUCAAAUACGUAACAUCCACCCGUGGGAUAAGUGCCAAAAAUUGAUUAGAAGAAACAGAGUGAACUUACAAUUAUCAUAAUUUUCUCUUUAUUUCUUAGUUUUAUUAGACAAUUCCUAGAACAAUGUGUUUAAGUGUUAAUAUAAAAACUAGAUAACAUGCUAUAGAAAUACCAUUAUAACUCAAAUUGCUGUAUGUUAAUAUGUUUACCAUUCCCUUCUCUUACUUUAAAUACAUAGAAAAUUUCUUUCGUCGACAUUUAUAUGGAGGAUUUUCCUUGAGGGUUUUUGAAAAAUAUAAACUGAUGAUCAUC